GCCUGAGAGAGAGACGCGGUCCAUCUUGCUUGUUCCGUCUUCGCUGCUGUUACCAGCGCGCUUCGUUGUGCUGAAUAAUAAUGGCGGCGUCGGGAGGCGGAUUAUCGUCGCCCACCAGCGUCGCGGCUGCGAUGAACACUCAAACUGUCGCUCGGGCUCGCUUCCCGGGCAGGCCGUGUACGAGCCGCAUUAGUCGGCUGCGGCUGGGGAAGCGAACCAAACGCGGAAGACUGAGCUCGGACGACGGAGAGACGUCGGACGGAGGGCCGAGGCCUAUAGACCUCGGCCUCGCGUUGAGUGAGGACCCGGCCUUGCUGCGCCUUCUCGGGGUGACGGAAAAGUACAAGCGGCGGAGAGAGUCGGGCUUCGACUCCAGCCACAGCGAGGAGGAAGAAGACUUUGGUGGUUUUGGAGCCCCAAAAGGUCGUCGGCACAACAAAGUGAAGCCUCCUGAAGACCGCUGUCCUUCACCCAAACCUCUUAUUGGAAAAAUACAUCCCAGGGUUUCCCUGAAAUCUUCGUUGAUUGGGAAAAUUGUACCAAGGACUCUCAACAAAGGGAAAGGGCUAAAAGGCAAAGGGGCACCAAAGGCGGGCCUUGGAGGCAAACCUUCAGAUGAACACGCCUCAGGCAGCUCGAAGUCAGAUGACGAAGCUGGGGCUGCACAGCCAGAUGAGACACUCCUCUCCUUGCCCGCCGCCACUGAAAGGGCAAAAACUUCCAAGGUCAAAGUGGAUGAUGAGGUGUCAGAGGACGCCAUGCCACCGAGGAAGCGUGGGAGGGGCCUUCCGCUCGGACACAACAGGCUGACUAUGUCGUCUCUGCAACGGCGCCACAGGAAGAAGAAGAGCAUGGCCGCUUCCCCGGAGAUUGGAGCGGAAGCUGGCGUGCAGAGCGGACAGGAAGCAGCGAUGCCCCUGGAGGGGAAAUCCCAGGUGCCGUCGGCGCAUCGCACGCACAAAAGAAACUCCCGCAAGUCUUUAUUCGGCUACAAAAGAAAGACCCCAAAAAACGCCUCCCCCACCACCGCCAGCCUGAAGAGGGCCAAGCGUGCAAAGCAUGUUUUUUACACCUAUGUUACAGACCCUGUUACCACCGCACCGCAGGAAGCCGACCCCGGCUCUCUUUUUGACCGAGUCCAAGCCAACUCCUCUGCUUUGACGACUGCCCGGUCCUCACGCGUCAUCAAAACACCAAAGAGGUUCCUGGAUGAGGGAUUGGUCCCCUUUCCAAGGGGCAAUUUGUCCUCAUGGCUGAAGAAUCAACAGAGGGAGGAUGAAAAGACCAGCACAUCCUCCCACGAAUCCGCCUGUGACAUCGACUCUAUAUCUGCGGUGGACAGCCCGUCGGCUGUUGCUGCAAAGUUGACACCGCCGCCCGGUUACGGCACAAGUCACCUGGAGUUCUACAAGAACCUCAAGAGGCUCACCUUGAAGCUGGCGGAGAGGAGAGGCCAGUUCGUCCCUCAGAGCGAGGACACGCAUUCCAGCGUUGUGAACCCACGCGUCAAAAGGAGGCGCAAGUCAAAACUCACUAUGGAGGAGAUCGACUCACCUGGGGUGGUGAGAAAGCUGGCUGUGUCGGUAAGCAGCAACGUCAAGCUGUCCUCCCAGACCUUGCAGGAAGACACGGGCAAAAACAACGAAUCAGGAAGCGGGGAUGUUCGCCAGGCGGUGGAAGCCGUUCCCAGCCAUCGUGUUGGUCUCAGCGGAGCCAAUAAGAGGAUGCUGCACCUUCUGAAGAAAGCCAAAGUGCAGCUCAUUAAGAUUGAUCAGCAAAAGCAGUACAAGUUGCAGUUGAGCUCCAGUGAAUCCCACGUGGCAGUGAGUAGGGGGAGGAAAAGGAGAGUCAACCUGUCUCCUACGCUUGGUAGUUCUCAGGAGCAGCCACUACGUGGUCCCAGGAUCAAGCAUGUGUGCCGCGCAGCAGCAGUCGCACUGGGCCAGCCCCGCGCCAUGGUGCCAGACGACAUUCCUCGCCUCAGCGCCCUGCCGCUCCACGAGAGAGAGGGGAUCGCCAUGUCGCCCACUGGAGAAGAUGUUGCAGAUGAUGAUGAUGAUGAUGAUGAUGACGACAUCUCUGAUCAAGGCAGGGCUCAGUGGAUUGUCUCUCAGGAACCCCUCCAGCGAAGGCGGCGGGGCAGGAGGCGGGGCCACAGGUUCAAAAAGAGGAAAAUACUGAGCCGGUACGCGCCCGGCGGUGUCCGCUCGCGACGCUGCGGAAGGUGCAAAGGCUGCUUGGUCGACAGCGACUGUGCCAAGUGCAUGAACUGCCGCGACAAGCCCAAAUUCGGGGGGCCCAACAAGAAGCGACAGUGUUGCAUAUACAGGAGGUGUGCACGGAUUGAGCAGGCAAAGACGGAGCGCAUUGUCAAACAGUUCAAAGUCCGUGCCAGGCGCAUUUCUGCACCCAUGUCGAGCAGCGAGGAUGCCAACUGGAAGAAUGAGUCAUACAAGCCCUUGCCCAUCACGCCAAAUAAAAUCCGGAAAGAGUCCCUGCGCAACAUCACACCACGCUCCUACUGGAACCUGCUCAAGUCUGAAUCUGACGAGGAACAGGAAGAAGUGAAGAAGUUGUUCAAAGCGAGCAAGCUGUCCGGUAAACAAGAUGUUCUUCCUCAACGCGGACUCUCAGUAUGUGACCACGCUCCCCAAGAGGCUGUGAAGCAACGUCGGCCAUUCUCCAAAGGAGUUCCAGGCAGACCGAGAGCUAAUAAGAAUCCUUCUGAGUGCACAUCAGUGAACGCCCUCAUGGGUUUCACUAACGGAUUCCCGCAGAAGGGCUUGGUGCAGGACAAGAGCAAGAUCCGUGUAGAUUUUAAGGAGGACUGCGCCGUGCAGAAUGUAUGGCUCAUGGGCGGGCUCAGCAUUCUCACGUCCAUCCCAACCACACCUCAGCCCGUAUGUCUGCUCUGUGCCAGCAAGGGACGACAUGAUAUGAUCUACUGCCAGAUAUGCUGCGAGCCCUUCCACAGCUUCUGCCUCUCAGCUGAGGAGCGCCCUCUGGAGGAGAACAAGGAGAACUGGUGUUGCAGGCGCUGCAAAUUCUGCCACGUGUGUGGGCGUAGGAGCAAAAUCUCAAAGCCUGUGUUGCAAUGCAGAAGAUGCCAAACAUCCUACCAUCCUUCCUGCCUGGGACCGACAUACCCAAAGCCCAUAAACUGCAGCCUACCCUGGGUCUGCAUGACGUGUAUUCGUUGUAAAAGCUGCGGCAUUACUCCUGGAAAGUCAUGGGAAAUUGCUUGGAACCACGAAGAGAACUUCUGUCCUGACUGUGCUGUUCUUCACGAGAAAGGUCACUUCUGCCCAGUCUGCAACAAGUGUUAUGAUCACAGCAGCCGGCCUGCGCAGAUGAUUCAGUGUUCCAAAUGUAGCCACUGGGUACAUCACGCAUGUGAGGGGCUUUCGGAGGAGCUCUACGGCUUGCUGUCGAGCCAAGCGGAUAGCGGGGCCUUCACUUGCUCCCCCUGCUGCCAGCAUGUCAAAGAAAACAGCAGCCUGACGGAGCGGCUGCGCAGCCGGCUGCUGAUCGGCUUGGAUGAGGUUCUCACUGGCCUCCUCACCUCUAACAUCAGCCAGCACCUCACGCUCUGUAAAAUGUGUCAGGAAACGAACAAGACGGAAUUUAACAGGGAGCGGCCAUCAGUUUGUGACCUACAGGCCAUGCACACAAAGUUAAAAGGGGGCGGCUACUCUUCCAUUAAAGAUUUCCAUGCAGAUAUUGUCUCUGUGAUGAGGACGUGGCUCAAGGAGGAGGGGAACUCUGCCUUUGAGGAUGAGAGGCCAACCAGUCACGCUAGGGAGCACUAUGUCAAAUUAAUGGUACAAGUAUUCAGCUGGCUCCCUGGACACUACCAAAACAAGUUGACCUCAUUCUCUGAGAAUACGGCAAGUGGGACGUUCCCCGAAGCCGUCCUCCCGCCUUCUAAGGAGCACAGCUAUGCACAGUGGACCAAGAGGACAUACCAGCCUAGGGAGUGUAGAGGGCCACAAGCAGGGAAAGCUGACGCGCUAGGUGUGAAGAAUGAUUGUGAGACCAAAGAUUGCCGGCAGUGCGCUUUGUGCCAACAAUAUGGCGACUCUGCUCCCAGAGAAGGAGGCCGACUGUUAUACAUGGGCCAGAAUGAGUGGGCCCAUGUUAACUGCUGUCUUUGGUCUGCCGAAGUUUAUGAGAACAACGGGGCUCUUUUCCAAGUGCACACUGCUGUUUCCAGGGGCCGCCACUUGCGUUGUGAUCGUUGUGGGCAGUCAGGGGCCACUGUGGGGUGCUGCCUUUCCACUUGCCAGAGUAAUUUCCACUUCAUGUGCGCUCGAGCCCAAGACUGUGUGUUCCAGGAGGACAGGAAGGUGUACUGCUUUAAACACAGAGACCUCAUCAGCGUGGAGAUGGUGUCUGGGCAAGGAUUUGAAGUCCCUCGACGGGUCUAUGUGGACUUCGAAGGGAUCACUCUCAAAAGAAAGUUCCUCACGGGACUUGAGCCUGAAUCUAUAAAUAUGACCAUUGGGUCUCUGCAGAUUCAGAAACUUGGUGUGUUGACCGAACUCUCAUCAAAUGGGAGGAUGUUAUAUCCUGUUGGAUACAUAUGUUCUCGGUUAUACUGGAGCACUGUGGAUCCGCGCAGGCGUUGCAAGUACACCUGCAAGGUGACCGAAGUAAGCACACCGCUGCCUGGUGAGGAACCGGAUCUAAAGUGCGAUAAAGAGGAGAAUCACACCAUAGUCCACAGUCCCAACUUCUACAAAGAUGCAGAGACUCCAGGCAGUUUCAGCACCUCAUCCAGUCCACUUACCUCCUCUACGCCGUCGCCUAACUCCAAACACAAUACACCUGGAUCCAAACAUCCCAGCUACACGCAGACCAGGAGACCAGCAGGAGGAUCAUCCCGACCCCUCCCAUCUCCAGGUUCGGCCUCUUCCAAAUCGCAUCAAAUCCUCACCCUGCGGGACCUGGACAACACUCAUCGUCGUCGAAGGCUUUCGGCAAGGAGCCGCUGCAGCUCCUCCCCGACUGACAGUGACCCCUCUAUCCCCAUGACCUUGCGUUCGGGCGGAACCGUCCACUCCCGAUGUGCCCUGUUUAGCUCCCCUCCGAGAUCCUCAAACUUGCCGCCGGCCUCUCCUCCCCUGUCACGGCAAAACUCGCUCUCCCCAGUCUGGAGCUCCCCGUCUCGAUCCAUUUCCGCAGCAUUGCCCCCUCUCCACAUGUCCCCAAGAGGGAGGCACGCCUUUAAGAUAACCACUCUGGUGUCGGCUGAGGUUCCUCAAGAUUUCUUGGCGUCAUCCGAGGCAGAGGAUGCUGCCGUGGCUACAACAAACGGGAUCUCGCUUGCUCCUGAUAACACAGAGGAAGUGGCGCACCUGAUGGCACAGGAACUGCCCUACACUGUGUUCGACACUGACACUGAGGUUGCGGUGGCCUCUGUUUUGAACGCCAAGCUGGAGUUUGACGAGACUCUGCUCACUGAUAACCUAGUACUGAACUGUGGUGCACAGGGCGGGAGGCUGGAUUUGGACGUGCAGGACGUGGAAAUGCAGGAGAAGAGCCGGGAGGCGGACUCAGAAGACGACAACUCCGGCCACCAUAUUAAACUCACCCGCACUGUGGUGUGUGAGGCAGCUAGCAGCGCACAGCCUUCAACACUUCCCUCAACACAGUCCAUUCCCCAGCUAGAUGGGGCAGACGACGGGUCGGAGAGCGACCAAAGCCAGGAGGCAAAUGACGAUGAUGCUCGACACGGUGAAAGCUCUCAAAGUCCCGACAACCUUAACACACCCACUAAGCAGCUGUCUGUUGCUCUCAAACGGCUGGAGUCUUUUUACGAGGCGUCGACGUCGGAACAAGGUGGAAGUGAGGCAAGGGAGAUCCAGGAAGAUUCAUCACUGCCUGUUUUUCUCGGUGCUUUGGACCCGCACAUGUCUAUUCAAACUGAAGAGGUGCUGUUCGACAAAGAAACACCUGCCAGGGACUUGUUUGUAAAGUCAACCACUAACGUUGACCAUGAUGACGCUUCAUCCAUAGACUCCACCGAGGGAUUUAAAGAUGAUGCAAAUGACCCAGACUAUACCCCGGAGCCUACAAGCCCAAUGCAAGUGAAAAAAAUCAUGAAGAAAGUACGCCGCACUCCCAGCUUCAAGUACAUGUUGCCAAAGCAGUAUGUAUUGCCUCAAACACACAAAAUCAAAGUAAUCCUGCCCUCUCAGUCAGCACGGAUUGUAAAAAACACCCCCAUGGACAUGACUGCUGCGCCUUGUACAGUCACCUCCCCCAUUGUGUUAAACGGGAUAAAUGCUUUAAAUGUCCAACCUGGUGCCCCGCGGGGCAAAACCAUCGCCAUCCGUUUGGACAACUCAAAGCCUGUAGUGCAUCAGCAAGCACAGCUGGUCGGUCCCAACCAGGCCGCGCAGGCAGCCCCUCCAUCAACCCCUCAGGUCCUGCUAGUCAACCGUCAAGGUCAGAUCCUACUCAAAGACUCUAAAACAAACACCUACCAAACGCUCAGUUCAAAUUCUCCCACCUAUAGUAAGAUAAGUCAGAUUGCUAAAAUGCUCCACAGUCGUACCUCCUUGCAGCGAUUGGCCCCACGUGGGGCCGUAAAGCCUUGCACCAGCGCCCAGCUUACACAUGUCCUCCCUGCUGGAAACCACACGCCACCAGCCAACAAAAAGGCCAAUAAAGUCGUCUACAGAGUGGUGCCCAUGAAACGCAUUACAAACCUGAGUUCCCCCACCCCUGCCCCGGUCCUUGUCACUGUGCACCAUGAUUCUGAGCCCAGUUCUGCCCCGUCCCCUGUCACACUGCACCAUGAUCCUGACCCCAGUCCCGCCUCAUCCGCUGUCACAGUGCACCGUGAUCCUGACCCCAGUCCUGCCGCGCCCCUCGUCACAUUGCACCGUGAUCCUGACCACAGUCCCGUCUCGGUUGUGUCUAAUGACGGCCAUACCCAAGUGAUCAUUAACAGAGGAAUGGCCUCCUAUCGUGACCCUCUAAGGACAAGGCCCAUCUUGUCUAACACUAAACGGGCGAGGGCCAAGCGUCUCAGAGCACUAUUUCAGGAACACACAUAUCAGUCUGCAGAGUUGCCAAGUGACAUGCCCAAUGUGCCCGCUGACAACCUGCAGGCAACACCUGCGCGCCUGCGGCACGUCAAACACGCUUCCUCUCAAAAGACUUCCAGGAAGAAAUCCAAAAUGGACUUUUUGAGCGAGCCUUCCACUGAACCUGAAGAUGAACAUCAGGAUUCCAGCAGUGGCGUGAAAAGACAAGCUCAACCGCUGAAAGACCUUCCCGAUCCCAACAAGGAGAAUUCAACCAAGCAUCCGUUGCUGAGAGUAACUGCUCCACACCCUCCAAUGUCUUCAAGGCAUUCUCUGUCAGAUGUUGGAUUCGCUCCCACAACAGCGACUCAGGGUACGACGUACAAGUGGGUCAGUGCUCGCCAUGGCAGCCUCUCUGAAUGGGACCCUGUUGCAGGCGGUAGUUCAGAGGAUGAGGCCCCUUUGCCCAAAUACAGAAGGAGCACAUACAUGAACCAGCCUCACCUGCGUUUUGAAAUCACCAGUGAUGAUGGCUUCAGUGUUAAAGCCAACAGUAUGGAGGUCGCUUGGCGUGCUGUCAUCGAGGGCGUCCUGGAUGCGCGGGCUGACUUCCACAUGAAGCAGCUUCCCCUAGGCGUCAUGUGCGGGCCACGGGUGCUCGGCGUGGUCCACGACGCAGUCAUCUUUCUGCUGGAGCAGCUUCAGGGCGCUGCCAAUUGCAAGAGCCACCGCUUCCGAUUCCACCGCUGCGACGACAUGGAGGAAGAGCUCCCCCUCAACCCGAGCGGCUGCGCCCGGACUGAAGUCUACACGCGGAAAGCAACUUUUGAUAUGUUCAACUUCCUGGCUUCUCAGCACAGAGCACUCCCUGACCCUGGCCUCUUUGAUGAAGAGGAGGAUGAAUUCCCACUCAAGUCGUCCAGGCGAGCCACCAGCAGUGAGCUUCCCAUGGCCAUGAGAUUCAGACACCUGGAGAAAACCUCCAAAGAAGCAGUCGGCGUUUACAGGUCUCUAAUUCAUGGCCGAGGCCUUUUUUGCAAGAGGAACAUAGAAGCUGGAGAAAUGGUGAUCGAAUACGCCGGCACCGUCAUCCGCUCUGUCCUGACAGAUAAGCGGGAGAAAUAUUAUGACAGCAAAGGCAUCGGCUGCUACAUGUUCCGCAUCGACGACUUUGACGUGGUGGACGCCACCAUGCAGGGCAACGCAGGGCGCUUCAUCAACCACUCAUGCGAGCCCAACUGCUACUCGCGCGUCAUCAACGUGGACGGCCGCAAGCACAUCGUCAUCUUCGCCCUGCGCAAGAUCUACCGCGGCGAAGAGCUGACGUACGACUACAAGUUCCCCAUCGAGGACGAUGAGAGCAAGCUGCACUGCAACUGCGGUACGCGCCGCUGCCGCCGCUUCCUCAACUGAGCGGACGUAACCUUGAAGGUACACUUCACAGUCACAUGGAGCCAUAAAUCUAAUCUCAGAUGAAGACUAUUUGUGUGUACUCACUUCUUGCCAUCGUUUGUCGUCAAGUGGCGAGUGCUGCAACAACCAGAGCUCAUGAAUGCCAUCCACUCUUGUUUCCACAAAGGCAAGGUCACUGGGAAAUAUUUAUUUAGCGCUUUGCUUUGACUCAGUCCUCUGUGUUUUCUGGAAUCUGAACUCCAAGCACACUAUUUUUGUUUCUCCUUUUUCCUUCUUUAACGGAGGUGCUGGUGACAUUCACCCAAAGUGUUUUAAUGAUGGUCUCGCAAACGCAUCCUGCCGUUCAAUAAUUCAAUUUUUAUUUAGACAUCACACACCAAAAUGCUUUUAUCCCACAGUUGCCGCCUCUUGGUUGUUGUUUUAACGUGUGUAAGCUAGGGGAGAAUUCCUUGUCCCGAUAAAUAUGACGCUCUACACUGUCCCUUGAUCCAAAUCCUGGAUUUUUUUGUAUAUUUGAACAAUAAAUGUAUAUAUAAUUACACAUGUUUGUGUUUUUGUAUGAGAAGAUUGAAUUUUGUUGGUUAAUUUGCAGGCUCCCUGUUUUUCCUCCCCCCCAUCAUGUGUGCUCUACCUCAACACUAAAUUUUCAACCGGCUCCAUUGUUGUUGUUAUAUAAGUAAAGGAAGUCAGAUACUAACAUCUAACAUAUUGAUACGCCUGCAUUAAGUAAUCAGUUUCAUGCUAACUAUAUUUCAUGUACUUGGCCCAGUCCAGAUAGGUCUGAAGCUUAUAUUUAGUGGUUAAAUGUUUGCCUUCGCCCACUGCCUGAAAGCUGUUCUUGUUCUUUUUCCAUAUUUGGCAAAGUUUCUCUUCCUUUCUUUUCCAGUCCUCCAUUGUACAUAGUUGUAUAAAAGGCUUUGGAAACCUGUUAAAUAUUUUUCUACCUAUUUUGUUGUUUUUAUUUAAGUUCAAUAAACCUUUUACAAAUUCCAAAUUGACACUGUGGUGCCAAGUGUUUUUAUGUUUUUUUUCCAGAGACCUGUGAGCUAUCAAAAACAAGUAAAAGGGUUGGGCAUUUUUUGUCAUUGACAAACUUUGGCAAA